AAAAAAAGACAAAGAAAAAAAAAACUUAAAUUUCCCCCAAAUUGAACACGAAACAAAAACCCUAACCAACACAAUUCACCAUUUUUUUUCAUCAAUCAGAAUAAAAUCCCCAAUUUUCCUUCUCCAAAUUCAAGUUUCCCUUCGAAUUAGGGUUCAUUUUAUAAAAUGGAUGACAUGGAAGACGACGCAAGGUACCCUUCAAAAGGAUACCCUUUGCGACGCAAAAACCCUAACCUUCGUCAAAAACACCCAAUUCGCACCUUACAAUAUCAUCACCCACCCACUCUUCGUUACAACGAUCCCGACCACAACAACAACAACAUCGAAGAAGAUUACGAAGACGAAGAACCCGAGGAAUUCGACGACUACAACGUCGAUGAAGAAGAUGAAGACGGUAUUGAAAAUGGGUAUAUCGGUAAUUUCGAUGAAAAUGAAGGGUUCAUUAGGAAAAAGAGAAAAAUACGAAGUGGUAGUGGUUCUUCUUCCGUUUCAAACUAUGAUUUGAUGCCACGUGGCAAAUUCUCAUACGUUAAUCGUGGCAGUGGUGGUGGUAGUUCUUCUGUGUCAGAGGAAUGGAAUGAACAUGGAACUUUUGUGUUGUUGGAAAUUUGGGGUGAAAAAUUUCUUCAACUUGGUAGGAACAGUUUAAGAUCAGAGGAAUGGCAUGAAGUUGCUGAGAAAGUUUCUGAGGAGUUAAAAGUUGAAAGGAACGUUUCACAGUGUAGGAGUGUUUUGGAUAAAGUGAAAAGAAGGUACAAGAAAGAGAAAAGUAGAAUGGAUGAGAUGGGUUUGGGUGUUAGUUCAUGUAAAUGGCCAUUUUUCAAGAAGAUGGAUAUGUUGAUGUCUUCGUCGGCAAGGCAAGAGUAUGGACUUGCUUGUGGCGUUGAUUCGGGCGAGUUUGUUUUUAUGAAUACGCGGGUUUAUUUGAAUAGGUCUAAUGGUUUUGAUGAAAUGAGGGAUAGCCCUGGUGAGUCGGAGACUUCGGAGGAUGAUGAGGAUGACGAUGAAGAUGAUGAUUUCGAUGGAGUUCGUGGCGGUGGUGGUGAUGAGGAGGAGGAUGAGGUGGAUAAGGAGGAGGAGGAGGCUUCGUAUAGGGUUUUGGCCGAUAGUAUUCAGAAGUUUGGGAAGAUAUAUGAGAAGAUUGAGAAUACUAAGAGGCAACAGAUGAUGGAGUUGGAGAAGAUGAGGAUGGAUUUUAAUAGAGAAUUGGAGCUGCAGAAGAAGCAGAUUUUGGAAAGGACUCAGGCUGAAAUUUCGAAGAUGCAAGAAGUAGGAGAUGAUGAUGAUACAGACACUUCUGCUGAUAAUCUCAGUGAAUAAUGUGUUAAAAUAACCUUGGAAAGUGUAGUGAUUCCUGAAAGUGCACCUGUUUUGGAGGAAAGAUUGCCUACAAGCUGAAAUGAGGUGCUACCAGGAAGUUUGUCAACUCCUUUGUGUUAUCUUACAAUUUUGAAAUUGAUGCAAAAUUGUAAUGAUAUUUUUGUAAAAGUAACACCUGCAAAUUGUAAUAAUAUUUUUGUAAAAGUAACACCUGCAAAUUGUGGUGCAGUUGUAACAAGCUGCUGCAAAUUUCUUUAACCAUAUUCAUCUGAAGAUAUGCUUUCAUCUUUUAUUCAAUUAACGCUUAAUGUUGAUAGUUUGAUAAAGCAUUUCCAUUUAGUUGAUUUUA